AUGUAUGUGUUCAUGUUUUAUUUAUUGUAUGUUUGUCUUUCUUCUAAAAUGAAUUCUAUAUUAAUUGCAUCAUUUGUGGCCCUACAGUGGUCCUGCUUAGUUCUGGGCAUUUGUAGUACAAAUGUUAGUUUUGCUCAAAAACAACCACAACUUUUCGUAAAAUAUGGUUGGGGUCAGUUAGAGUUUGACUGGCAAUCACAAAGUCAGCGACAGGAGUAUAUAAGUAGUGGAAAAUACAUACCGGGUAUAUCUGCUCCUAUUGAUGCCGAUGUUUACUAUUCACCUCAUGGAAAUCAGUAUAAUAAAAUCUUUGUCACGAUACCGAGGUUCCAAAAAGGAGUACCAAUAGGUUUAGGUACCAUUACUAAUAAAAACUAUCAUGGAAAUCCAAUCAUUACACCUUAUCCAGAUUGGAGUUGGCAUCUGAAUUCUGAGCAAUGUAACGUAAAUAGGAUUGUGUCAGUUUAUAGAAUUAAAAUCGAUGAAUGCGGAAGACUCUGGGUCCUUGACAAUGGAAGACUAGUUAAGACCAUAAUUUGUCCACCACAAAUCCUAGUAUUUGAUUUAAAAACAAACAAAUUAUUAAGCAGUUAUGAAAUACCAAGAAGUCAAUAUGAAGAAAGAUCACUUUUUGUCACGCCAAUUGUCGAUGUUAGAAAUCGCUGUAGGGAUACUUUUGUAUAUGCGGCUGAUUGUAAAACCAACGCAAUGGUGGUGUAUGAUUAUAAUAAUGGUAAUUCGUGGAGAGUAACUGACAAAACUUUCUAUCCAUAUCCAGACUAUGGAACAUUCAACAUUUUAGGUCAUAGUUUUGACUUGAUGGAUGGUAUUUUGGGAAUGGACUUGGAACCUCUAAAUAGAGGUGAUAGAAAAUUAUUCUAUCAAGCUAUGUCAAGUCCUACCUUAAACUGGGUAUACACUUCCGACUUAAAAAAUCAAUCAAGGUUUGCAAGUAAUCCAGGUUCAUCUCCAAAAAUUUUCCAUACAUACAGGGCCAGAAGGGACACGCAAAGUGCGGCUAUGGCUAUAGAUAAAGAUGGCAUUUCUUAUUCUGGACUGAUGAGUGAAGUCCAAUUGAUAUGUUGGAAUACGAAAGCUCCAGAAUAUGGAUCUAAAUUUUGGGAAGUUGUGGCAAAUAAUAAAGAAACUUUACAAUUUUUAAGUGGAAUAAAAGUUAUUAAUAACUAUAAAAAAAACUAUCAAGAGCUCUGGGCAGUAACUUCGAGAUUCCAAAGAGUAACUGAUCAUUCAAUAGAUGUAAAUGACGUAAAUUUCAGGAUUUUAGUGGAGAAAGUUGACGAUUUAACUUUUGGUACAAGAUGUAAGAAACGAGGUCCUAGCGGGCCACCAGGAGGUGGUUAUGGUUUAUAUAGACCAUGAUUUGCUUAUUAGGUUUAAUAUAUUUUAUUUUCAUUCUUUACGGUUAUGAUUACCCAAUUAAUAGUUUUUAUUUUAUAAAAUUAUAUAACCAAUGUAAAUGUCUAAGCAUAGCAGAUAAGUAGAAAUUAUUUUUAUUUUUAUUACUUCCUAUAACCAGUCAACGCUAUAAUACUUAGUUAUGAUAUGUAUGUAUAUCCUUAUAAUUCAAAGCAAUUUAAGUAUAAUAAAUGGUAUGUACAUUAUUUAGAUAAAGGGUUGCCAAAUUUUGUAAAUGAAAAAGCGGAAAACGUGAAUCUGUGACAGAAGAUGUGUCAAACAAUGUUUAUAUAUAUAUAUAUAUAUAUAUAUAUAUAUAAGCUGAAAAUAAACAAAUAAACGAAAAGUAUAACAAACUUGCACUAUAACCCAUAGAUAACAAAGCCUUUGUUAUAAUCGAGUUGUCACUAAAAGAACCAGCUUUUUCUUUAAUGUCAUUAUUAUUGAAGAAAAAGUAAAGAAUUCCUGAAAGUACCACCUUAAAAUUGACCAUGUGAUCAGUUUUUCUAAGAAUUUUAUAAACAUUUUGUAAAAUAGUUGUUAAUUAUCCUUCUAAAAUACACCAUCAAUAACACCAAGCAAUAUUCAUGUUUUUACAUUUUAUUCGCUUUUUAUAAAAAUAAUCGUAAAAAGAUAUGUAAACAAUUUUACAUGCAGGAUUUACAUUUUUGGAACCUUAAUUUUUAAUAAAAAGCUUUAAUAAUUGUAGUACUAUUAUUUAUGUAGGU